UAUACAUUAUACUUUUAAAUGAGUUGUAAAAACACAAUACCUUGCCCCUUCCUUCUUCCUUGUGCUACCUGCCAGGUGGCUGCCAUCUCCUUUAUGGCAUCAUGGCUGCCCUCCGACCUCUGGUGAAGCCCAAGAUCAUCAAAAAGAGGACCAAGAAGUUCAUCCGGCACCAGUCAGAUCGAUAUGUCAAGAUUAAGCAAAACUGGCAGAAACCCAGAGGUAUUGAUAACAGGGUGUGGAGAAGAUUCAAGGGCCAGAUCCUGAUGCCCAACAUUGGUUAUAGGAGCAACAAGAAAACCAAGCACAUGUUGCCUAGUGGCUUCUGGAAGUUUCUGGUCCACAAUGUCAAGGAGCUGGAGGUGCUGCUGAUGUGCAACAAAUCUUACUGUGCUGAGAUCGCUCACAGUGUUUCCUCCAAGAACUGAAAAGCCAUCGUAGAAAGAGCAGCACAGCUGGCCAUCAGAGUCACCAGUCCCAACGCCAGGCUACGCAGUGAAGAGAAUGAGCAGAUGGUUUGCAUGCAUGUUUUAUUUGUGUUUAAAUAAAACCACAAA